AUGCAGGCCAGAUCCCCCGGCGGCGGCUUCCGCGGGGGAUCCCGCGGAAGGGGCGGUUUCCGCGGGGUUUCCCGCGGCAGGGGCAGAUCGGGCUCGCCUGGUGGCGGUGGACGCGGCGGCGGGCGCGGGGACAUUAGCGGAGGGAGAGGCGGGGGAAGAGGUGGGGGGAUAGGCGGGGGAAGAGGCGGGGGAAGAGGACUCAGUAGGGGCGGGGGGAGGGGUUUCGGGGGAAGAGGCGGGGGGAGGGGUUUUGGCGGAAGAGGAGGGGGAAGAGGAGGCGGAAGAGGCGGCGGAAGGGGCGGGGGAAGGGGAAGGGGGGGGAGAUGGAGCGGCGGAGGGGGAAGGGGAGGAUACGGCGGCCGCGGUGGCGGAUUUGGCGGCGGGAGAGGCGGCGGCUUUGGCGGCGGAAAAAGCGGAGGGUUGGACAGCGACGAGGACGAGGCGACGCCGGUAGAUGCGGGGUACGAGGUGGCGGAGGAGCUUCCGGAGGAAGCUUCCACGAAGAACCGGCGGUACGAUGACGUGGACGUGUACGAAUACGAGCUUCCUGCGGACUUCGAGGACGAAGAAAUCGAUGAGGACGAGGCUUUUACCGAAGAGGAGAAGAAGAUGGGGAUGGGGCGACGGGCGGAAGAGGAGGGAGAGGAAGAGGAGGAAGAGGAAGAGGAGGGGGGUAUGUUAGAUAGUGAUAAUGAGGAAGAGGAUGAGGAAGAUGAGGAGGAGGAUGAGGAGGACGAGGAGGAGGAGGGAGAGGGAGAGGGAGAUUGGAAAAAGGGGAAGAAGAAGCUUGGGAAAUUGAGGGGUCACGGAAAACAGGAGGACGAGGAAGGGGAGAGUGAGGAGGAGGAGGAUGAGGGAGAGGAGGGAGAGGGGGGAGAGGGGGAGAGUGAGGAGGAGGAAGAUGACGAUGAGGACGAGGAGAAGCAUCAGCAGCUGCUGGCUGAUGUGGUGGCGAGACAGCAAAGCAGGGAAGGUGAGUCAAGUCAAGUCAAGUCAGAGUGGGAAGCUAGAAAGCCACGUGGCGCCAUUGCUCUCCAGGCAUCAGCAGUGGUGGCGGAGAGUCUACCCGAGAAGCCACGUGGCGCCAUAGCCCUCAAGGCAUCAGCAGUGGUGGGGGAGAGUCUACCCGACCAGGAAGCCCCGUGGAGGGAUAGCACUGAAAGCAUCAGCAGUGGUGGGGGAGAGUUUGCCCGAGUCAGAAUUCAACCUCCCAGCAGCCAAGGGCUCAGCGAGUCCCUGUUUCGCCCCUCUCUCUUCAUUGUCUUCCCCUUCUCUUCCCUCUUUCCCCCUCGUACCGUCCCUCCAGCUAGAAGGCCACGUGGGGCAAUAGCCCUGAAAGCAUCCGCAGUGGUGGGGGAGAGUCUACCCGAGUCAGAGUUCAACCUCACAGCAGCCAAGGGCGCAGCAUUGGCAGCAGCAGCCGACGCAGCAGCAGCAGCCGUGGCAGGAGGAGCGGCAGGAGCGGCGGGAGCUCUCCCUACCACUGCAGCAGGUUCGGCAGCAGCAGGCUCGGGAGGGCUGUCUGUGGAGGAUUUGCUUCGGCCGCUGGGGCAGGCUGGGGCUGAUCUGUCAGGCUUGGCGAAAGGCUCGGCGGAAGGCGCGCCGGCGGCGGGUUUGGGAGUGGGAGGUUCGGCGCUGGCUGGGCUGAAGAAGCAGAUGAGGCGGAUCGAAGCGAGUGGCGCUCCUGACACCGGCCCUCUGCCAACUGUUGUGCGGGAGAGGCUGGAGAGAAAGGCGGCCUACGAGGCUUCAUCAAAAGAAGCAGCCAAGUGGCUUCCCCUCGUACAGCAGAACCGCCAAGCCCCAUCCCUCAACCUCAUAGACGAGAUGCCGUCUCUCCCCACGCUCAAGUCAACGGACAAGCUAGUCAACAAGUUCCGACCACAGUCGGACAUGGAGAGGGAGGUGGCUGCUGCUCUGGCGGCUGCAGGGGUGGGAGAUGACAGGAGAAUUGCCCAUGGGGAAGCAUUGGCCUUGAAUAAGUCAACGGACAAGCUGGUGAACAAGUUCCGACCACAAUCCGAGAUGGAGAGGGAGGUGGCUGCUGCAGGCGUGGGGGAUGACAGGCGGAUCGCGCAUGGGGAAGCACUGGCACUGAACAAGGUGAGUGUGAUGUGUUUGAACUGGGGUGCUGGUGGGGUAGCUGCCUCCCUGCUCUCCCUCCCCUCAACCAUGGGCCUGCUCUGGCGGCUGCAGGCGUGGGGGAUGACAGGCGAAUCGCGCAUGUGGAGGCUCUUGCUCUCAAUAAGGCGAAUCGCGCAUGGGGAGGCACUGGCCCUUAACAAGGUGAGUGUGGUGUGUGGCUGCUGUAGCUGUGCUCCCUCCCCGCCCUGCCUUCCACGCCCUGCCUUCUUGCAAACCCGCCUACCCCUUUAUCCCUCCCCUCUCUCUCACCAGAUGUCAGUGGAAGAAGCGAGGGAGAGAAUGUACCGACUAGCCAAGAUGCGAUCGCUACCACUGCACCAUACCAAUGUCAGUGGAAGAGGCACGGGAGAGGAUGAACCGACUAGCCCAGAUGAGAUCGCUGCUGCUGCUGCCACUGCACCAUGCCAGCUCCCCAUUCUCAUGCACACCUGUGCCCCCUCUUUCUACUCCUCCCCUCCACCUUCCCUGUCCUUCCAGAUGUCAGUGGACGAAGCGAGGGAGAGAAUGAACCGACUAGCCAAGAUGCGAUCGCUGCUGCUGCAACACGAAGCGAAGGCAAAGCGAGUCAAGAAAAUCAAAUCCAAAACCUUUCACAAGAUGGAAAGGAAGGCGGAAGAGAGGAAGAGAAAGAAGGGGCUUGCAGUGGGAGGCGAAGCGGGCGGUGGGGAGGAGGAGUGGGAGGAUAAGGAAGCUGCGCAGGAAGCUGCGAUAAAGCAGGAGUAUUUACGUGCGAAGGAGCGAAUGACCCUUCGACAUAAGAACACGUCUAAGUGGGCCAAGAGGAUUAUAGAGAGGGGAAUGGCGGCUAAAGCGGCGGUUGGAGGGCAGGGGACGAGAGAGGCUAUGGCAGAGCAGUUAAGAACUCAUGCCAUGCUGACUAGAAAGAUUCAUUCGGCGACGAUUGGGAGAGGGGAGGGGGAGGAUGAGGAGGAGGAGGAUGGGGAGGGGGAGUGGGGAGAGGAGGGUAGUGGGGAGGAGUCUGGGGGGAGUGAGGGGGAGGAGGCGGGAGGGAAAGGAAGGGGAGGGGAGAAGGAGGGAAGGCGGCUGGCUAUUGAGAGGAGGAGAUUAGAGGCUCAGAAAGAGGCUAUAGAAGCGAUUAAAGACCUAGAGGAGGGGUUGGAAGGGGUGGGGUAUGGGAGCGGGGAGGAUGGGGAGGGUGGGAGGGGGAAGGGGGGGGGUGGAAGUGGGGGUGAUGGGUGGGGGGGAGGAGGAUGGGGAGAGGAUGAGGAGGAGGGGGAGAGGGUGGGAGCAGGGAGGAGGGUGUUUGGGAAUCUGGGAGAGAGAGUAGUGGGAGGGGAGGGGCAGGAGGAGAGAGACGAAUGGGUGGCCGUGAGAGAGGGGGAAGGGGAGGAGGGAGAGGAGGAGGAGGAGGGAGGCGGAGGGGACAAUGGUGGGGGAGGAGGGCAAAGCGGAGGGGGGAAGAGUGGGGUGAAGUCUGGGGGAAAGGGAGAAGGCAGGGGAGAGGGAAGAUUGUUGAAGGAGGAAAGGGAGGCAGCACGGCAGGUGAAGGCGAUGCUUGGAGCUGGAAAGGGGUUCUCCUUCUCAGGGUUGCCCGUUGUAGACAACUCUGCAUCAGCCCCUGUAGACGUGUCAGUGCCCCCAUCCAAGGGGGAUAUCAAGAGAGAGGCGGAAGCAGGGGAGGGGGAUUUGCAGUCUUUGCUGCGACACACAGGGAGUGGAGGGGAGAAGGGGGUGGGUGAAAAUGGGAUGAGGAUGGAGGGAGGGGAGGAGGAAGAGGAGGAUGAGGAAGGGAGAGAGGAGGGGAGGGUAGGCGAGGCGGAGGGGGAGGAGAGGGGGAAGAAGAGGGUCAGGGCGAGGGGAGGGGAGGGGGGGAAGAUGGGUGAUGGUUCUGGUAAUGGAGCGGUGGAUAUUAUGCAGGGUGACUAUAGCGAGAGUGAGAGCGAGGAUGGAGAGGAGGAUAUAGACGAUGGCGUGGCUUAUAACGAGGGGAUGCGCUUGGAAAGCAAAAGGGAUGCUUAUAUGGAGGAUGAAGCAUGGGGGGAGGAUGCAGGGGAGAGGGUGGAGAGGGGAGCAGGAGUGGGGAUGGAGGAAGAGGAGGAGCAGGGAGGGGAGAAACGGGGAGGUAAGAAGAGAAAAGGACGGGCCAGCGGGGGAGGAGGAGGGGAAGGAGGAGGAGGAGGAGAGGAAGGGAACGGAGCGAGCGCGUUCGAGAAAGACCAAGAUGAGCUGAUGCGAUUGGCCUUCGCAGGUGAUGACGUGGCAGCAGAAUUCGAGGCGGAGAAAGAGCGAGUGGUGGAGAAGGAGGUGGGGAGGGAGGAGGGGCCGGUGACGCUGCCGGGGUGGGGGCAGUGGGAGGAGGUGCAGAGGCGCAAGGGGCCUCCGCGGUGGAUCGAGGAGGAGAGGGAGAAGGUGAAGAGGAGGCGGAUGGACGCGGUGAAGCAGAGGGCGGAUUCGAAGCUGACUCAUGUGAUUGUAUCGGAGAAGGACAAUAAGAAGAUCGAGAAGUUUUUUGUGCCCGAGCUGCCCAACAUGUUCCGCAACCGGGCAGAGUACGCACGCAGCAUCCGCAACCCCAUUGGUCGGGACUUCAACACAGAAGCAGCGUUCCGCUCCAUGACCCGCCCAGCGGUGAGUGCAAAGGCAGUGGGGAGUGCAAAGGCAGUGGGGAGUGGGGAGUGCAGAUUCACGUUCCGCUCCAUGACCCGCCCUGCGGUGAGUGCAAAUGCAGUGUGUAGUGCAGUGGUAGUAAGGAGUGCAGAGGCAGUGGGGAGUGCAGAGGCAGUGGGGAGUGCAGAGGCAGUGGGGAGUGCAGAGGCAGUGGGGAGUGCAGAGGCAGUGGGGAGUGCAGAGGCAGUGGGGAGUGCAGAGGCAGUGGGCAGAGGCAGUGGGCAGAGGCAGUGGGCAGAGGCAGUGGGCAGAGGCAGUGGGCAGAGGCAGUGGGCAGAGGCAGUGGGGAAUUCUCCCUCCUGUGUGUAUUGCAUGUCUGUUGUCAUGAAGCCAGUGGGAGUGGUCAUCCCACCUGUCAGAUACGUCAAGAAUGCCCAGCCCAGAGAUGAGGAGCCGACAAGAGCAGGGGCUGAACACUCCCCUCUGCUUCUCAUAUUUCUCCAUGUCUUCACUGUGUGUGUGCUGUGCGUGUAUUGA